UCUGUGAAAUUAAAUGUAUACUGUAGUGGACAUGACACUGGGCCUAAUUUCAUAUAAAACUCAAUUUUAUAUGAUAUACAGUACUGUAUAUAGUGGUGGUCUGCAGCUAGUGGUAGGAUUCCAUUCUGUCACGCAGAAGGUUCAGGGUUUGCUUCCCCCUAGCGCCUGGCUGCGGGAACCUCUAAUGAACGGACAAACCAAAAAUGAUGCCUACUCUUCAUAUAGUCGGGUGUCACUGCCCCACUAUUUUGGGGGUCCUUCUCGGUCCUUCACAGUGUCCAGAUCUACGUCGUCCGUAUCUACAGGUUGGUGCAGAUCUCUGUGUACCUGUAAGGCACCUGUUGUCCACCCCUGCAGCCCUGAUGGAAGCUGGCACUGAAAAGAUUAGUCAUACACAGCUCUACCUACUAACAGGCGCCCCCUGCCUGCAGAACAACACAACUGCAUAAUAAACAAUGCACAUUUCUCCGCCAUCGACAGAGAGACGCGGACACUUGUCGGUGUACUGCAGAGGGAGAAGAAAGAAAGAGGGUGGGGGUCAGUUGACCUGCAUCCUCUAAUGGCAUUCUUCAGCUGCUCGGCUCUCCUCCUCCUCCAUUUCCUCCCCCUUUUUACCAACACCUCUUCCUCUUCUUCCUCCUCCUCCCCGUCCUCUUUCUCCUCCUCCUCUCUCUGCUUUCUCAAAGGCUCCGAAGCAGAAGAAAACAAGUCAAGGUCCACUGGAAGUUAAGACGUGCAGGAGCAGACGCGCCUUCUCUCUCCCCACGUUGCAGAUUUUUUAAAAGGAGAAAAAAAAGAAAGUUGAAAACCUGCUCCGAUCCAGUUUUGGCUGCGAACUGCUGGGUGUUUUUUAUGAACAGAGCGCGGCACCGAGAGUAGAUUCUUAUUUAUUUAAUUAUUCAUUUAAAAGCAUGGUCCUACAGAGGGUUUUUCGGGCUGUCAUCCUGGGACCACCGGGCUCUGGGAAAGGAACAGUGUCGGGGCGCAUAAGUAAAACUUUUGGACUCAAACACAUCUCCAGCGGAGACCUUCUGAGAAGACACAUUGAGGCUAAGACUGAGCUGGGCCUGUUGUUAAAGUCCUGCAUUGAUCUUGGUCAGCUGGUACCUGAUGAUGUCAUGUCUCGCCUCAUCCUGAGCGACCUGAGAGCAACGGGACAGAGCAGCUGGCUGCUGGAUGGUUUUCCUCGCACUGUGUCCCAAGCCGAGUCCUUGGAUGACAACUACAGCGUGGACAAGGUCAUCAAUCUUAAUGUACCUUUCCAGACCAUCAAACAGAGACUGACGUCUCGCUGGACUCACCUUCCCAGCGGCAGAAUUUACAACACAGAUUUCAAUCCUCCACAAGUCCCUGGUUUUGAUGAUGUGACAGGAGAAGCUCUGGUCCAGAGAGAUGACGACAAACCAGAGACGGUGACACAGAGACUGAAGUCUUAUGAAACUCAGACGCAGCCUGUGUUAGAAUAUUACAGGAGUAAAGGUGUCCUGGAGACGUUCACUGGGACAGAAACCAACAAGAUCUGGCCACAUAUCGAGGAAUUUCUACAUAGGAGACUCUCCUAUGUCAAUCAGAAAGUUGCAUAGAAAGAAAGAAAGUCUUAAAAAAGGACAGAAAAGUUGGGUUUAACAGCAGAGACGUUUCUUCACGCAAGGAAAUCACCUGAGAGGCAAAACCUACGUUUUGAUGGGAAGUGAAUUUAUAUCGGGAUGGAAUGGUAAGAAUAAAAAGACAUUUUUGGCAAAGUUCUUGUUGCAAGGCUGUUGCACCGUUUCGGCGGUGUUGUUGAACCCAACCCUCUUAGAUACUAGAUAUUUGAGUCCUACGUACUGUAAUAUGUGCCUUCCUAGACCCAGCAGGUACCAGUAAGAAUUUUAAAAUAAUGACAAAAGCAAACUAUGAUCUUAGCCAACAAGUGCUCAUCACUGCCUUAUUGUGACCUGUGAUUUUGCAACGGGUAUUUAAAGCUAAAUGAGGAACAUUUCUCAGAGUUUGCACAGAUUUGGAGGUCCUGUCAGUAGGAAAAAAUAAGAAUGUUUCCUGCAACCUGCAGUAGAAAAGUGUGGAUGUCUUUUUUCAUCUUUUCACCUCAAAAUACCCUUACAUGUACUACACAACAGCUGCAACUUUGGCAUAACAACGUCAUAAUCUGUUCAGAACUAGCAGUUUGGGCCUGUUAUCAAUUUCCUCUGCUCCUCAAGCUAGCAUGUAGAUAGCUAGUAAAAAUAGGUGUUCGACAGUGGUGAAAAAUAAUUUUCUUAUGGUAAACAAUAAUAAUUAGUGAAUAGUACAUAAAAGUAAGAAGAUACAUUCUAAAAGUUGAUGUUUCUUUACCUAUUUUGUAGCAUUGUCUGUGGGUUUGCUAAUGCAUUCCCUAGCCAGAAGCUAAUGCUCUUUGGGGGGUGAGGUGGGGGUUUUGGGACCUCCCACCUUAAGCAACACAAAUGUGUGCAUGUCUCCUUGGUUUCUUGUAAAGAACCAAACCAUGUUGCAGAGCAGUUGUAGUGAUAUUUUAAGCCAGUUCAGAGACAAAAACACAAUUCAUUUUGUUUCCUACUGACAGAGACUUCAGUGAAAUCUGUUAAAAACUUAUAGACAAUGGGAGCUGUGCACUCAAGUGCCUCUUGCUGCAUUGUAAAUUCACCAAGGAAUUUCUUUGAUCAUGAGUCUGAACCAAUCAUGUCUGCUAUUGAAUAUGACAUAAUGAUAAUUACGUAAUGAGUGAAACUGUCAUUUUUAAUUUGUUUGUUUUUUUUGUUUGAACCACAUCAAGUCUUAGCAUGUUACCACGCAAUGUUUGACUCACACCAGCUGACCGUUCAGUAAAUGUGUACAAACCUAAUAGGUGACAGACUAGUAGAAUAUGUAAUAUCCCUAGAACACUGAAAACAACAUACAGAAGGCAGUACUCUUUAGUCGGGUCAUUUCUAGAUUUGAUGUCGUUCUCUGUCAGAGUGAAUGUUUUCCUCUGUUUAAAGCUUUUAAUGUAGUGCAGGAUUUUACAGCUAUUAUUUCCUUAACUGCUCUGUGUGCAGAAUAACAACUGAAUUAAAAUAUAAAAGUACAUUCACAUUCUCCUCAUAAAAAAAGAAGCAAAGUGUAAUUAUUGUGGUUCAAAAUAAACUAUUUUAUGCUAA